AUGGCUGUAGAAGCUAAUCGAGGCCUCCAGGGCUUGGAUGAGUGGAGAAGACAGAGGCAGACGGUGAGGGGGGGUCUGUGGGUCAAAGUCGAGGAGGAGGUUGAGGAGGAAGAAGUGUGGCAAGGCGAAGAGGAAGAAGGUGAAGCAGGCGAGGAGGCGAAGGAAGGGGAGGAGAGCGGAGGGCGGGAGAAGGAAGCGGAGCAGCAAGAAAGAGAGGACUAUUUUGAGAGGGUGAUAAAGAAAGCGGAGAAGUUUAAGGAUGAGGGAAAAGCAGUCGCGGAAUCUCGGACGACUCGAGGAGAAGCGCAUAAAGUCGAUCACGCUGACCUUCAGGGGGAAGAGGAGGCGGAACACGCGACGGACAACGACGAAGAUGCGGUAAAGAUUUACUGCAAAGACGAUUAUCCUGCGCACGUAUUCCGCAACUUGACUGAGUUCAGGGACUCCUCUGUUCUCACCGACCUCACUCUGACCACGAAGGAGGGGGAGAGUUUCCACGUACACUCCCCGGUCCUGGCUGCUGUCAGUCUACGUAUCCGAGAAAGACUUGGAGAUGACGAGAGGGUCAAUGAGAGAAAAGAUGCAAGCGUUGGAGUCCACAAGUGGUCCGUGUCUCUGGGUGCAGAGGUGGAUGCGGUUGGAUUGAAGGCAGUUGUGGACUUCGCCUACACUGGACUCGUACCGUGUUUGAACAAGAACACGUGCCACCAGAUUGAGGCUGCGGCUCGAACACUGGGCGCCCCCAGGGUGCUGGGUCUCUGCAAAGAAGAAGAGAAGUCCUCAAAAACUGGUGGGCAGGGGAAAGAGGACAAGAUCUCAGCUGCAGAACAAAUGGAGGUCAGUCUUCGGUCCAUCAGACAGCUGAGGGCUGAUAGAGUGGGCUGUGAUGUCGUCCUGGAAGCUGUCAGAGGAUCGCUCCAUGUCCACAGGGUCAUGCUGGCUGUGUGCAGCGACUACUUCCGCGGCAUGUUCACGUCGGGGAUGAAGGAGUCCCGCCAGCCUCGUGUGACCCUCCGCUUCCUUUUGGCAUCGGAGCUGGAGGCUCUGAUUGACUGCUCCUACAGCGGCGUCCUCCCCAUCAGCUGGAGUCGUGUCUUUGAGCUCACUAUCGUCGCUCUCCAGCUCCAGCACCAGCCUGCCCUCUCCUUGUCCCUUAAGUUUCUGCAUCAAGAAAUGAAUGCUCUCUCCUGCCUGGACGUGGCAUCUUUCGCCGAGGCCUACGGGAUGGUGCAGCUCCUUGAAGUAGCGGACGCUUUUGCCAUGCGGCAAUUCCAAAAGGUGGCCAGUGUCUCAAAGUUCACGGACCUGCCCGCCAAAAAGCUCCUAAAGUUCUUGAAUAGCCGCUUGCUCUGUGUCUCAUCCGAACUCGAUGUGUUCAAAGCAGUGGCGGCAUGGAUCCUGGCGAAUCCCAGAAAAAGGCGACAGGUUGCUAAAGAACUAAUGAAAACCAUCCACUUUCCCUUGAUGACCUUCAAGGAGUUCAAAGAAGUCCAAUCGAUGGACAUGUGGUCGGAUCACAGCCUUUCAAAGCUCUACAAUGCAGUGUUUAAGGAUUUCUGCUCCAGUGAGAGUCAGUGCCGGAUUUAUCUCCCGAAAGACAGUCUGGUCUUGGUUGGAGGUGACCACAUCUCUGAAGACCUGGGUACCCGCAGCAUCAGCAGAGAUCUCUGGUUUGUGAAUUCCUUGAGGAACCAUGUCGGGAUAAAAAAGGCCAUGGAGUGGAGAAAGUUGGGUGAGAUGCCAGAGCCGGAGAGGUUCUACCAUGAGGUGGCUGUCCUCAGAGGACAACUGUAUGUGUUUGGAGGCAAGAAGUACUACGGCAUCCGCGACACCCUGAGUAAUGUUUACAGGUUUGACCCCCUUGAAAACACCUGGGAGAGACUGGCUGACAUGCAGGAAAAGAGAUGCUCUUUCUCUGUGGCAGUGCUGGAGGGAAACAUUUACGCCAUCGGCGGACACCGGGACUCUGAGUACACAGAGAGUGUGGAACGAUACUGCCCCACUGGAAACUCCUGGAGCUUCAGGUGGCCCUUGGAUCUGCCUCUGGCUGGCCAUGUAGCAAAAGUCCUUCACGGGCGGAUAUUUGUCUCGGGUGGGCUGAGCAUGGACAACCAAUGCCUCUCGUCCAUGUUCAUAUACCACCCAGACGCGGGAAGCACCUAUUUGUCCAACAUGGCCCAGCCCCGAGCUCGUCACUGCAUGGAGACGCUGGGCCAACGUCUCUACGUAGCCGGUGGGAUGACCGUGGACGACAGCAUGUGCAUCGCCGACCUCCUCGCUUGCGAGGUGUACGACCCGGUGGGCGACUCCUGGACCGCCUUCACGUCUCUGCCAGUGCCGCAUGUGGGAGCCGGGGGUGCGGUCUUGGAGGGGAAGUUUUACGUGCUGGGGGGAUACAGCCAGGUGGACUACAGGGACACCGUGAUGGUCCAUCGCUAUGAUCCAGGCCCACAGAGGUGGGAGAACAUGGGUCAGAUGCCCGGGCCCAACAACGACAUACGAGCAUCUGUGCUGUGUUUGCCCCCCGACGUUCGCUUGUAA